AUGAUUGAAGGAAUAUACAUAACAGAUGCAACCAAUGCAUUGAUAUAUGAAUAUUCCCUUUCUUUAAAUGUCCCUAAAUUUAAAUCUCUCCUACCAAAAAUCACAGAAUCAUCAACAACCACCAAUAAUACCAUCAUCACAUUAAAUUCCCAAUUCUAUUUGGUAUCUCAAAGAGAAUGUUCAAUAAUAAUAUAUUUAUUAUGUCAAUCCAAUCAAGAAGAUCAUCAAGACAAUCCACUUGAUCCAUUCAUUUUCAUUCGUCGAUUACUUGAAACUUUACAUGAUUAUUUUGGAGAAUUAAAGAAUCCAAAUAAAAUUGAAGCAAAUAAUGAUACUUUAACUUUAUUGUUGUAUCAAAUGUUAGAUGAUACCAUUCCAUAUACAACCGAUUUCAAUAAAUUAAAAGAUUUAGUAGCUUAUAAGUCUUUACUUUCAAAAUUAUUAAGCUCAGCAAGUAGUACUGCUGGGAGAGCCACUGCAGCAUUACAACCACAAUCACAACUGGAUCGACACCUGAGUCCUGGAUCAUCGAUUGCUGCUAUGCAAGGUAAGGAUUUAAUUAGUGAUAUACCUUGGAGAAGAGCAAAUGUAAGACAUACAAAUAAUGAAAUGUUUGUUGACGUGAUUGAAACCGUUAAUGUUAUACUUAAACCCACACCAAAGAGUCCACAACAAGGGGCCCAUUUUGAUUCGGCCUUCUAUUCAAGUAGCAAUAAAACUUCAAAUCAAGAGAAUUAUAUGAUUAGUGGAUCAAUUGAUGGAGAGAUUAAUUUCAUUAGUAGAUUAAGUGGAGUUCCUUUAUUACAAUUAGUAUUCAAUAGUUUGACAGCCAGACAGAUUAUGUUGCCUAGUUUUCAUCAAUGUGUGAAUAGAGAUGCAUGGAAAGAAAGACAUGGGAUUUUAUCAUUUGUCCCACCAGAUGGGAAAUGUACAUUAAUGAAGUAUCAAAUUGAUUUAUAUGAUCAAUUUCAACUGAAUCAACAAAGAAUGGGAGUUCUAAGACAAACUACACUUGAUGUUGAUUUUAAAUGUCAUGAUAAUUCAAAUGAAUUUGAAAUUAGAUUAUUGUUUGGAAAUAAGCUUAGUAAAAUUGAUUCAAUUACUGUUGAAAUUGUUUGUGAAAGUUUUGAUGAUCAAAUCAAGAUUAAUAGAAUUACUCAUGGGGAUUAUAGAUAUAAAGGUCAUGGUAAAGGUGAAUGGAAUUUACGUCAAUUGAAAUCCGGAGUUUUACCAGUAUUCCAUGGAUCUGUAAUAUCAUCAAGAAAUGUCGAUGAAGAGAAAGAGGAGGAAGACGAAGGAAAUGAUUCACAAAUCAAGAAUCAUUCGAAACAUGCCAAACCACUGUAUAUAAGGUUAAUAUACUCCCAUAAGGGUGCAGUUCCCAGUGGAUUAAAAGUUGACACUUUAAAAAUUGUAAGUGCUAAAGGUUUAGGAGAAUCAGUUAAACCUUAUAAGGGAGUGAAAUAUAUCACUAAAUCAGGGGACUUUAUUAUUCGAACAUAA